GAUUGAAUAUUAAUUCUGGUGUUUAGUUUCCAAUAAAGAUUUUAUAAUAUGUAAUUCAAACGCUAGAAUCUUAAGGAGUUGAAAAUAAUAAUGUAGUUUUGACUGUUUGAAGCAAGAUUUCAGUUUGAAAUGUCAUUUAAGAUUGUUAGUUGCUAUAACAGUAGCAACAACAUAUAUGAAAAGCUCAUUAAUAAACAUGCAAUCAUAUGCUGGAAGACUAUUGCGGUUUUGUGCUGUAGGUGUAAUUAUUAUUAGCGCAUUUGUGUUGCUGUGUAUGUGGUAUGUGUGCUCAAAUCAAUCGUGUUCAUUUAAUAAAUUUCUGAUUUCUGGAAGAAAUGAUACCCGCUGGCGGAGGCUAACAGCAAAUCGACUAAUUUUAUCCAAUUGGACUACUGAUAAAAAAUAUGCUUCUGAAAGUAAUAAAUUAGAUUCUGUCAAAGUAGACUUUAAUAUAAAGGGAUCAGAUGUCAUCGUAUUUUUACAUAUUCAAAACACUGGUGGAAGUGUUUUUGCUCGCCACAUGGUAGAAGAUUUAGAAUUGGAGAGACCUUGCCGUUGCAAAAAGAAUCGGCGUAUUUGCCGCUGUUAUAGACCAGGGAAUUAUGGAAGUACAUGGUUUUUCAGUCGUUAUACAACAGGCUGGAAAUGUGGAGUGCAUCCAGACUGGUCAGAAUUAUCUACUUGUGUUGAUCGAAUCAUGGAUGAAGAUGAAGGGAAACCAGUGAAAAGGCGAUAUUUUUUCAUAUCAGUGUUACGAGACCCUGUGAAAAGAUUCUUAAGUGAGUUCUGGCACGUGAGACAAGGACAAAGUUGGUCUUCUUUACGUCACUGGUGUGGUGGAAUUGAGGUUUCAGAAAAUGAACUGCCUGCAUGUUUUGAUAGAGAUGAUCUCAGUGACUUAACCCUAGAAGAAUUUAUGGCUUGCAAGCACAAUCUAGCUAUCAACAGACAAGCGCGAAUGCUUGCAGAUCUUGCAUUGGUAGGAUGUUACAAUAACUCUUCUUCUUUGUCAAAAGAAGACAGAGAUCUCAUUGUUUUAACUAGUGCUAAAAGUAAUCUUCAUAAGAUGGCAUUUUUUGGUCUCUCAGAAUUUCCAAAAGUAUCACAAUACAUGUUUGAAGCAACAUUUGGUAUGAAUUUUAAAGCCAAAAAUUCGUUGUCUCAUGAUUCUCUUAACAGAUCAGCCAGAAAGGAAUUAUUUAAAGAAAUAAGUGCCAAAGAUAUUGAAAACAUUAAAAGGAUUAAUUAUCUUGACACUGAGUUGUAUUAUUAUGCCAAAGAACUUCUUUUCCUGAGAUUUGAAAAACUGAAAAAAAUGGAUCCUCUUUUUGAAAAUAAUUUUGAAGUUUUUGAUAAAAAUGACUUGUCAUCUGAAAAUUGGGCUGAAAAAGAGGAUUUUAUUGAUAAUUUGCUUGAUUAAAAUAUGAUUGUUAUUUCUUCUUUUUUAAAACUAAAUGCAAGAUUAUGAAAUUGUUUACUUUAAUUAUAGAAAAUAAUCUUAUUACUCUAAUUUAUUAUUUUUUUAUUUUAAAAUGUAAUUAGUCUGAACUUACAUGAACAUUCUUAAAAGUACAAUUAUAAACAUUUUUUUUCACAGCAAUAUUUUCAAAAAAUAAUUAUGAAUCCAUAAAUGUAUAAAUAAACGGAAUUAUUUCAAAAUUUUAUUAAUUAAUUUUUCACUAUUCUUGAUACUGCUUAUGAUAAGUGUUUUAUAAAAUGCCAUACAUAUUUGAUAAAUUUAUUUUCAUUCUUUUCUCUGUAUAUUUACCCAUUUUAUUAAUCUUAAAAUUCUUCUUUUAAAUCAUUUUUAUUUUUUUCAAUCUAAGGAUAAUCAUUGGAUUUGAAGGAUAAUAUUGGAUUUGAAGUUGGAUAAUUUGCUAUUCUUGUUAUUGUUUUAUGAAUUAUUAUGUAUAGUGGUUAAAAUGGUAUGAAGCUAGGAAAUAUGUGUGGGUAUUGCUAGAUUAAAAUAUUUGUAAAAGAUAAAUCUUCAGACAAUAUUUUUUCAAGAGUUGAUGAAUACUAGAUAAAAUAUAACUAGAAAAAAAUCAUAUAUAUUAAAUUUCUUCUUAUUACAUAAAAUCAGAUAUUGGUUGGUUGGUUUGAUUUAUAUCGCAAGAACCAGACUUGAUCAUUCUGCUCCAUAUUAUUAGGGUGUAAAUUAGUAACUAUAAUCAAAAGUUAUGAUUUUUUUUUUCUUUUUUUUUUUGCUUAAUAAUUUUUUGUUUAAUUCUUAAACCUUUUGAAAUUGGUUUUGUAGGGACUUUUUUUUUUCCCUUUUUCAUUAAAACAAAUAGAUAUUUAACUCUUUUUUUUUUUUUUCUAAAAAAAUAAAUAGAUGUUUAAACUAUUACAUUAUAUUCAAAAAGUUGAUAAUGAUAAAUCCUUACAAAAUCAAAUUUGCAUUUCUGUAAUCAUCUUUUAUGUAAAGAUUGCUUCUGGUAAUUUUAUUAGGUGUUACUUAUGUAAAAUUGGCCAUUAUAUUAUUAAACAUUUAUCGAACAAAUACCCAUAAUCAGUGUUCCACAAAUUUAGUUUCGGCAAAUAUUGUAAACUCCUCAACUUUCCCAGCUAUUUGAGGCAGCAUUUUAUACACAUAUAUAUAAACUUGUUAUGGUGUUGAAACUAUUUAUUUUCUAUAAUAUUUAUUUCAUUUCAACAAAUUUCUAUAAGUGCAGCUUUAAUUAUUUUACUUUGUUGUUAAUGUUAUCUUGCUGUUUGAUUUGUGGAAGGGGGGGAGGGAUUUCUAUAUAUAUAUAAUUACAGAGAGAUUGGAAAUGUAUAUUCUGAUCUUCACCUAAACAUUAAGAAGAAAAAAUAAUUAAAUAAGAAGCAUUCCUGCAAACUGCUAUGUAGUUGGAAAGGAAAGGCAAAAUAUACCUCUCACUUUUUAAAAGGUUUUGCAGUAUGUUUUAAUACUAUGUAAAUAAAUGUGAAUACAUGAUUAGACGGUGCAGUUUUGUAAAUGGUAGUGUAUGUGUUAAUGAUGCUCAAUUUUUUAUACAUUCUUUGUAAUACUUUUUAUUUCAAUAUGGUAAAAAUGUUUAAGUUAUAAUUAAUUUAUAAUUUCAUGGUGUUAGUGCCAUAUAUUUAUUGCAAUACUUACUUGUAAUAAUUAAAACUUAUAUUGAAAUCUGCAAUGCAAUAAAUGCUUAAUUCCUUUGUUUCCUCUUGCAGAUUUCUGUUUUAAGACCAUGUCAGAGUUUAAUGCAUUGCUGUAUUUGUCUGAAGUUGUUAAAUCUCAUUAAUAAUUUCUUUUAAAUUUCUGCAUAUUGUAUUGAAAAUUUGCCAGUUCUUCAAAUUAUCUAAUUUAAUACUAUCAUAAUAGCAUAGAUAUUUAUCUGUUUCACAGUAAUUCAUUUAUGUUUGUCUUUCCAUUAUGCCAUGUUUUGCCGAUUGAUAUCUUAAAAGUCAGUGUUCUCUUUUUCUAGCUUCCUUAUGUACUUCCAUAUUAUUAUGUGCCACACACAUGGCACAUUUUAUGUUCAUCAAAUAGGAAAAAGCACUAAGUAUACAUUAUGAAAUUAUAUAAUUUUCCUUUAACUGAUAGGAUUUGAUAUCUCAUAUAGAUCUAUAAUUUUGAUGUGAAGAUUACAUAUUAUAUUUCAUUUACCUAUCUUUUGUAAUGAUUAUUCCCUUCACAUUCUUAAAAAUAAACAGAUUUGCAGAUAGUCAAUACUCUGAGGGAUUCAAUUCAAAAUUUAUGUAGAUCUGCAGUUGUGGUGAAAAAAAAAAUUUGUGCCAAAUUUCAUCUGCAUAGAUCAUUACUUUUUUAAAAUUUAUUUUUCUUUACUGUAUUUACUGUAAUUCAAAUUGUGAGUUUCUCUCGGGUAGUAUAAAAUAUGGAGUUCAGGAGUUAAAAUCUCAAGAUCAAUUUUUUUUUUUUUAAUGAUUAUGUUAUUUGUUAUUUUAUAUACAAAAUGAUAAAUGCAAAAUUUUGUCUCAACAUUUUUAAUUGGUAACAAAUUUGGAUGAACUAAUAAAAAAUAUUAUAUCAUUAGAUAUAAGGCUUGAUGCUAUUGCCUUUUUUUUUUUUUUAAUUUAAAUAUUAGAAGUAAAAAAAUAAUUGGCAAAAAAAUGCUUCCUAAUUUCUUAAAAUUUAUAUAUUAUUGGUUUGAAUAAUAUUAUCAAAACUGUUGAGUUUUGUAAUAGCCAUGAUAAUCAGAUUUUAUACAAUCAAAUAUGAAAAUAUCCUCGUAUUUUGCAUGUUUUCCUUUAUUCAACUUCCAAAACUUAUGCUCCUAGAAAUUCUUAAUAUUGAAGUUUCGCCAUGGUAUAUAGGACGAUCAGAGAAUUUUGUUUGUUUUUGUAUGAAAUAUAUAUAGAGAGAGAGAGAUUGUGAUGAAAUACUAGAAUUGCAAAAGGUUUUGCAAUAUAGAAAAACUGAAAUAUCAUCCGACUAGGUUGUAUAAAAUUGUUUUAGAACACUUCAAGCAGUUUUCAAAAUGGCAUAAAAAUAACAGGAAAUCAUUUCAUAUUUAAGAAAAUAACAUGAAUUAAAGAAAGAAUUAGUGAAAAAUCUACGAGUAACAUUAUCUGAGAGGUUGGAGUGUUAAUCAUAAAAAUAGCAUUCAAUAAAUUAAGUCUGCAAUUUGUUUGGUAAUAAUAUAUAUAUAUAUAGCAUAUAAAAUCAAAGCAUAAUUUAGAUAUUUAAAACAUGAUUCUAUACACCUUGAUUUGUCAUCUGAAUCAAAGUCUGUUUUAGAUAUCUAAAAUAUAAGAUAGUUUAAUUAAAAUCACAUACAUAUUAAAUUCUUGAUGAUUUGCUAUGAUCACUUUUUAAAAACUUAAAUUAAACUAUCUUUUUUGUCAUUACCAGUGAUUGUUAUAAGCAUAAACUUACUGCUGAAACUGCCUUACAAAUCUGAAAAAUGUUUUAAAAAAGAAAGAAAGAAACAUCUCUCAAGCGAACCAUAUUUGGGUUCAUUUACAAGAUAGUACAUUCUAUAUGCAUGAGCAUUAAUUUUUUACAGAACAAUAAUUAUUUUCAGUUUCGAUGCAUGAUAAAAAAUGCAAUUUUUAAUUAUUUUAUCUUUUAAAAGAUCUGUUUUGUUAGAAGACAUAAGAUUAGUAUUUGAUUUAUUGCCAGGUUCCAUAAAAUUAUGCCAACUCUGAUGGCGAUAAGAAAUUGUAACAUCUGUUAUUUAGAAUUAAAAAUUGUCAGAAUUACCACUUUCAGCAAUAAAUUCAAUUUUAACAAGUGGAUAUUCUUCUUAAAUAGGUAUUUAAUUCUUAAAUAUUUCUUUAAAAAGGUACUUAUUACAGGAAUUUUUAAAAAAAGUAAUAAAAUUAUUCUAAAAAUAAUAUAUAUAUAUUAUGGUAGAAUUCACUGUAUUCUAAAAGAGGAAGACUUUAUUUUUUUUUUAAAUCUAUAAUUUCCUAAACAUUUGUGCAAUUCUCAUGAUAAUAGAGACUGCACAAAUGUUUUUAAAGAAAUUAUUUUAAAUAUUUAAGAGAUAUAUUUUAAACAUUUUUGAGAUUAUUCAAUAAUUAUUGCUGCUUCUGAUUACUGCAAUUAAUACUUUAACACAUAUAUUGAAAAAAAAAAUCUCCUCUAUAAAUCUGUAUUCGAGAAUCAUACUUAUGUAAUAAUAGCCUUUCAUUUAAAUUAUCAAAUGGAGAUUUUGUAUAUUUAAUCUUUAGAAAAUGUUCUUUUAAAUUUAAAAAAAAAAUUUAACUGAAUGUCCGACAAAAUAGUAUAUUUAUUAGAUGCAUUGCAUGAAGCCACAUUAUUCUGUGUUAUAUAUCUACAAGUCAAAUAUCCUUAUGAUUUUAAAUUUAAUUACUGUGCAGGUUUCCAUUGUUAAAAUUAUCCCAAUAUGUUCUAAUGAGCAUUGGAAUAACAAACUUUUCCACAGUAAUACUAUUGCUAAUUAUUCUAAAUUUUUCAGUGAUUGUAUUAUGUGAGAGUCCAGUUUUUCAAUGUCUCAAAACAUACAGUAAACUCUUGGUAUUUUUUUUUUAAACUGUCGAAUACUUCUAGUUUUGAGAUAGAUUUCUUGCGAUUCAUGUUAUAAUCAAACAUUUAUUUACUCUUUGACAGUAAAUAAAAUAGUUGGUGGAAUUGGAAGAAUUUUUAAUCCCUAAGCUAAAACUUUGUAUCUUUCAUUUCUUAUAUUGUAAAAAGAUUGUGUUUCUAUGUAAAUCUUGUAUAGUACUAUUUUCUUGUUGAUGUUGUCAUUGUUUUAAAUGGCAAAGACAAUCAUUUGAAUACUGAUUUGUAUAGCUCAUGUUUGUUUAUGCAUUUAAAAUAAUCUAUUUUAUUUAAAUAAGCAUGAUUCAGCAUUUUUAACCUUGUGUAGCAAUUUAAAAUUGAGUAGAGAUGUUUAUAAAAUAUUUUUUCAACUUGACUAGUAAGCACUUGCACAAUUUCUGCAUAUGUAGCCAUUUACAUA